AUGUUUUUACUUUAUCUUUUUUUUUUUAAACCAGUGCAUGAAGAUUUUAGGAUACAAAAGAAGACCGAAGAGUUACAAUUGGACAACAGAAUUCCAACGUCGAAGACAUCAUCGGACGGUGAUGUGUUUUUAGCACCUGAGGUGAACGCAUUUGGUCGACAGUUCAGGGACUACGCGGAUGCGCACAACGAGAGGCAGAAGAGCGUUGAGGAGUUCUACAAAACACAACACACUAACCAAACUUUAGACUUUGUAAAGAAAAUGAGACUCGAGUAUGGAAAACUGGACAAGAUGGUGAUGAACAUUUGGGAAUGUUGUGAACUUCUUAACGAAGUGGUGGACGAGAGUGAUCCUGAUCUUGAUGAACCACAAAUUCAACAUUUGCUUCAAUCCGCAGAAGCAAUUCGUAAAGACUAUCCUAAAGAAGAUUGGCUUCAUCUUACUGCCCUUAUCCAUGAUCUUGGUAAGGUUCUUACUCUUCCACAGUUUGGAGGGCUUGCCCAGUGGGCUGUCGUUGGUGACACAUUUCCUGUUGGGUGUGCAUUUGACGAAUCUAACAUACACCACAAGUAUUUUAUGGAAAACCUUGAUUUUAACAAUCCAAAUUACAAUACCAAAACUGGGAUUUAUUCUGAAGGAUGUGGACUAGAAAAUGUUUUCAUGUCAUGGGGGCAUGAUGAUUACAUGUAUCUGGUGGCCAAAGAGAACGAGAGCACUUUGCCAUCCGCGGGAUUGUUCAUCAUCCGAUACCAUUCUUUUUACCCAUUGCACAAGGCUGGAGGUUACACUCACCUUAUGAACGAGGAAGACAAGGAUAAUCUCAAAUGGCUCCAUGUUUUCAACAAGUACGACUUAUACAGUAAGAGCAAAGUACACGUCGAUGUCGAGCAGGUUAAGCCAUACUACAUGUCUUUAAUCAAGAAGGUGAGGAACUUUACUUUCAUCUCGUCUGAAGAUGAAGAAUUAAUACGAUAA